CGCCUCUUUUCUUCGCAGGACAGCCUCUAGGCGGUGCUAGGGAACUUGUAGCCCACCUGCGAGGCGCUCCCGCCCUUCCCCUCACCCCAGUCCGGCCCCGGAGAGACUACAAUUCCCGGAGUGCUGUGGGAACAGAGAGGCGGGAGUUACGGGGAGGAGGGUCGCGAGGGCGGACCUUCCGGGUGUGUGCUUCCGGCGUCGGCGGCCGCGGCCGGGGACGGUGUGAGAGCGGUAAGAUGGCGGCGGCGGCGGUGGUGGAGUUCCAGAGAGCCCAGUCUCUCCUCAGCACCGACCGGGAGGCCUCCAUCGACAUCCUCCACUCCAUCGUGAAGCGUGACAUUCAGGAAAAUGAUGAGGAGGCAGUGCAGGUCAAAGAGCAGAGCAUCUUGGAACUGGGGUCUCUCUUGGCAAAGACUGGACAAGCUGCAGAGCUUGGAGGACUCCUGAAGUAUGUACGACCCUUCUUGAAUUCCAUCAGCAAAGCUAAGGCAGCUCGUCUGGUUCGAUCUCUUCUUGACCUGUUUCUUGAUAUGGAAGCAGCUACAGGGCAGGAGGUCGAACUAUGUUUAGAGUGCAUUGAAUGGGCCAAAUCAGAGAAAAGAACUUUCUUACGCCAAGCUUUGGAGGCAAGACUGGUGUCUUUGUACUUUGAUACCAAGAGGUACCAGGAAGCAUUACAUUUGGGUUCUCAGCUGCUGCGGGAGUUGAAAAAGAUGGAUGACAAAGCCCUCUUGGUGGAAGUACAGCUUUUAGAAAGCAAAACAUACCAUGCCCUGAGCAACCUGCCGAAAGCCCGAGCUGCCUUAACCUCUGCUCGAACCACAGCAAAUGCCAUCUACUGCCCCCCUAAAUUGCAGGCCACCUUGGACAUGCAGUCAGGUAUUAUCCAUGCAGCAGAGGAGAAGGACUGGAAAACUGCGUACUCAUACUUCUAUGAGGCAUUUGAGGGUUAUGACUCCAUCGAUAGCCCUAAGGCCAUCACAUCUCUGAAAUACAUGUUGCUGUGCAAAAUCAUGCUCAACACCCCAGAAGAUGUCCAGGCUCUGGUGAGCGGGAAGCUUGCACUUCGGUAUGCAGGGAGGCAGACAGAAGCAUUAAAAUGCGUGGCUCAGGCUAGCAAGAACAGAUCACUAGCAGAUUUUGAAAAGGCCCUGACAGAUUACCGGGCAGAACUCCGGGAUGACCCAAUCAUCAGUACGCACUUGGCCAAGUUGUAUGAUAACUUACUGGAACAGAAUCUGAUCCGAGUCAUCGAGCCUUUUUCCAGAGUACAGAUUGAGCACAUAUCUAGUCUCAUCAAACUCUCCAAGGCCGACGUGGAAAGGAAAUUAUCACAGAUGAUUCUUGACAAGAAAUUUCAUGGGAUUUUGGACCAGGGGGAGGGUGUCCUGAUUAUUUUCGAUGAACCCCCAGUAGAUAAAACUUAUGAAGCUGCUCUGGAAACAAUUCAGAACAUGAGUAAAGUAGUGGAUUCCCUCUACAACAAAGCCAAGAAACUGACAUAGAGUUGGAUCUGUAGCGGUCCUUUGGAGAGUGUGUGUGGCGGGAGAGUGAAACCUUGGGGGAAAAUGCUAGGAGAUUCUUUUUUCUUUUUGUUCUACUUUUCGCUCGGAAAGUUUUUAAAUCCUCAUUUGGUGCAUCUGUAUUCCAGCCGAUAGGUGUGCCAGUUUUCAUGUAAUCUUUACUGGCCCAACUUGGGAGUGGGGAAAUUGCUUAAAAAAAAAGAAAAAGAAAAAAAAAAGAUUAUUCUAAAUAAAAGGAAAAAGGCUUACACUACCUAAAGCUGUCCUCUCUGCCUCCUGGGAGAGGGCCGCAAAGCCAGGCACCCCGCCAGCCACUGGGGUUCCUAAUCCACCUGCUGGGCAUCACCUCUCCUCCUCUUCAGAAUUGGGUGUUUGCUGACCAUCAAAAGCACUUUUUAUUCUGUUUGUACUGAACCAAAACAAACAACUGUGUAUAGACUGCUGUUUUCUUUUUUAUUUGAAAUGAGGCGUUUUGGUGUUCUUUCCCCUGCCAUAAGGCCUGUCCGCCCUCCCCUCCCCCACAUUGGCUCCAGCAGACCAACUGAAGGUCCCGCCGCCGCCACUACUACCACCACUGCAGCAGAAGCAGCAGCGCCUGCACAGCUCCGCUCUGACCUGUGGAGGAAUGGGGACGAGGCCAGGAGCUAGUGUCUACCACGGCCACACGGGGAGCAGUGUGGGCCCUUAGCCCCCAGGGGGCCUGCUGUGCAUGUGGCUUUUUUUAACACAGUAAACUAGAUUAGACAUUGGUGUUUUAAGUGCCCCCUCCUCUCCUCCUCUGCUCUGCUUUGCUCUCUCCCUUCUCUUUCCCUUCUCAACCAGGAGACCGCCACGUCUCUCUUCUUCCUUCUCCCCUCCAGAGGAGUCGGGCUGUCUGAAAUCCAUCAGCUUCUCUCCGUCUCCCACUCCUCCUCUCCUGCUGUCAGAUGGAUUUAUUCCUUUUUUAAACAGUGAACAUCGGAAAUGAGACUGUGGGGUGUGGUUUUCUUUUCUUUUUUUAAUUUUCCUUGUUGGGUUUUCGAGCAACCUUAUGUCCCCUUCCCAGGGAGCUUCUUUAUUUACCUCUUAGAACUCGAACGGAUGGGAGGUAGAGCAUUGUAUGUCCGCAUGCUUUGUUUUCUGAUGCGAUUACAUAGCAAGGCUUUAAUGCCAUUUGGGCAGGUAAGCUUCUCGCACCUUUCGUGCUUAACUGUGUUUUCUUCUCUCAUCUCCUCUUUGUCUUUUCUCCUUUCUUCUCUCCUCCUCCUGCCUCCUUCCUGCUGGCUUCCUUUUCUCUUUCUCUCCCUUUCUCAGAUUAUCCUUCCAGGUUUUCGUAAUAAAUUUAUAUUUUGUAAAAGGA